UCAAAUUUUUCGGAGUCAUCGCCCAAUUCAACAGACGACGAAGAAUCUAUAGGAAAUAAAAAGUUACAAAAGAGUCAAAUAAAAGAAAGGCCAAGGCUGUAUUCUGAGGAUGAGAUAGGUCUUCAUAGUGAUUACAGGUCAAAGGACUGCGCCAAACCGAACAAUCGGGCGACAAGGAUUCAAAUCGAAGAACAAACCCUAAGAUCUUUUUCAUCGGAAAAAAUGAGAACCGGGAAGGAUAGUAGAAGUCACAAAAGAAUACCAAGAAGUUACGAAUGCUUCAAUAAACUGUCAGUAAUUUUUGAGAGCUUUAGAAGUCUUUGGGAGCCCUGUCUGGUGGUUUUAUUUGUGGCGUACUUCGUGGUGGGCAUGGAGAUCGUAGGAUGGCGCUCCUUAUUCGUUCCACGAGCCAUUCACAUGGGUCUGUCACUGACCCACGUCAACAUUCUGAACCUGACAUCUGCUUUUGCCAACUUCAUUAGUCGUCUCACGCUUGGAUUGGUUAUGAAGAAAUCUGGGAAUUCAAGCACGGUUUUCCUUUGCUUGGUGAUCCUGGAGGGACUUUCAAAAUUGCUCGACGUCUUUACUCUCCAGUUUCCGGUGAUGCUGGUCUGUUCCUUUCUCUCCGGAAUCGCGUUGGAAGGGAUGGCCAUUUUGCCGAUUAUCCUUGGAGCAGAACUUUUGUUGGUGCCUGCAGACUUUGAUAUCCUCUUCGUGACCCUCGAACUGAUGCAUGGUGCAGGGUUUUUGGCAGGAGGAACCAUUUCAGGUCUCAUCGCAGAUACAAUGGGAUUCAACGCAGCUUAUCUCGCCAUAGCAAUUGUCAAUGGCGCCACCUUUGUAUUGGUAGUAAUAUUCAAAUAUUUUGAAAAAAGGCGAAACCAUGCAAGUGACAAGAGUAUGGUCACUUCAGGACUAAAAUGAUAUACGUCGAAAGGUCCACGCAUUUUCAAGACAAAGAGCAUCUGACCUCCAGAAAAGCAAAUAAAAGUGUUUGAAUAGGCAUAAUAUAAUUAUGAUUACUUCCCGGCGGCGUCAUUUUUUUCUGCGGCACAGAUUGGGGCUU